GUAGCGUAACGUAACGUGACGUGCGUGAAGUAACGUUCCUUUUCCGCCUGCGCACACCGGCACCUUACGCACGCGGCGGGGACACAGCAGCGCAGAAUACAGGCGGCUCCGGUUAUUUCUGUGUAACGUACAGUUCCGGUCCUGCUACAGUCACCUUCACCGGAAUCCACGUAGCUCACUCGCCCCUGAUCUCGCCGCUCACACGUACGGCAUCAGUCGGGACCCUACAUCAUGCCGAAGAAUAAAGGUAAGGGAGGUAAGAACAGAAGACGUGGUAAGAAUGAAAAUGAGUCUGAAAAGAGAGAGUUGGUAUUUAAAGAAGACGGACAAGAAUAUGCACAGGUGAUAAAGAUGUUGGGGAACGGUAGAUUGGAAGCUAUGUGUUUUGAUGGUGUCAAGAGGUUAUGUCACAUAAGAGGAAAAUUGCGAAAAAAGGUGUGGAUCAACACGUCAGACAUUAUAUUGGUUGGCUUACGAGACUAUCAAGAUAAUAAAGCAGAUGUCAUCCUAAAAUACAAUGCAGACGAAGCCAGAAGUCUGAAGGCAUAUGGUGAACUUCCAGAACAUGCUAAAAUCAAUGAAACGGACACAUUUGGUCCUGGUGAUGAUGAUGAAAUCCAGUUUGACGACAUUGGAGAUGAUGAUGAAGAUAUUGAUGAUAUAUAAUCAGAGAGACGUUUAUUCCAUUCCAAUUGCUGCGGGUUCCAGUUUUGAUGUGUUGGUUUUUUGAGUGAAGUCCUCCUAUAGAGAUGAUACUCUCCCUCCACUCCAAUAAUAAUAAAAAAUCACUUUUUAAAGUAUUUAUAUUUUUCAGUAGAGUUCAAUGCUGGAUGUUUUGGAACACAUGAACAUUAAAGCAUUCUCUGCCUGUAAAAGAUGGUAUUACAGUAUAUGGUAUGGCAAAGAUUUUUUUUUUCUUUUUUGUAAUUAUGAUGAUUUUUCUUUGAUAUUCCUUUUGUAUUAAAAACAUUUUAAGAUUUGUUUUAAUUGGCAGACCCAGAGUCUCUCUGUUGGGUGCCAUAAGACUUAUUUGUGGUGGUACCAAUCUCAGUCUGGAGAAUUAAUGUUUUUACCACGUGACAUUUUAUACACCUUGCAGAUGUUUCCAUGCUCUGCUUUGCUGGCAUGCGUCCUAUUAGCAGCAAAGCUUGCGUGCCUAGUCUGCCCGCGAUUAUGAUGUGUGUGUGCGCGCACACCCAUAGUAAUACAUGGAGGCUGCAGAUAGAUGCGGGAUAGAUGAGAGCAGCUACAUCUGUAUGUAGAGAACAGUUACUUAUUCCUUGAUUUAUCAAUGAAUUUUGCAAUUAUAAACCAUGCCACUAUACAGAACUGAACAAUUAGAAUAAUAGAUGAGGCCUACCUACUGAGUUUCUUUUGUUUUUUUCAUAUAAUAUAAAGUUUUCCCCAUCAAAUAAAUGCUUAAACAUUGUGUUCUUAAGAGCCUUAUCAUUCUCUUUACUAGACAGAAAAUGCUUUACGCGCGCACUAGAUGACUUACACACCAACAAGAGGAAAAGUUGCAUAGUCUUAACUAACAUAUUAGGAGGGUGGUCCUAGGGUUAUUUUUCCGAAUUGCGAAUGCGUUUAGGUAUAUAUGAUUUCUGUUGCUGCUUUGUGCUUAACCCAUAAGGUUUACUGGAUGUUUAUUACCUGCCAAAACCUGUAAUUCAGGAUAUUCUGUUUUUGCGCAUUUUUGAAUACAGUAAGUUCUUGAACUUGGCGUUGCUAUGCUAGAAAGCUUAAUUUGUAAUUUGGCAUUAGCUGAAUUACAUAGUCCCAUCAUUUAAAUUGCUUCUCAUAUUGAAACCCAUAGUUGAUAACAGGGUCUUGGCAUUGUUUUAGUUAAGAGACGAGCAGUAUAGUAUAUAAACUAUCAAGAAUGUGAUAUGUGCUCAUAUAAAAUAUAUGCACAAUGUGUGUAUUUUUCUCCCUCUUUGGUGUGCAAGUUCCUCUUGGGCUGCAUUAUGUUGUAUAGCAUGUGAAUUGAAUUGUGUACAGAUUCAUGGAAGUUUGAAACUAAAGGGCCUGUGUUUUCAUAACCCAGUGUUCUAUACCCAAAUUGUUAUAAUGGAGAGAUAAUUUGUGACUUCUGAAUGGAAAAAAAGAUUUCAUCCAAAUGCUUAAUAAAGACUUGUCUGGA